AUGGACAAGCUUCCUCAAGAGGUGGUCGACAAGAUCACAGGAUUCAUGUUUCCGCUUCUUGCGAAAAAGACAGACGAAGAGUACGACCGGCAUCCUCACAAUAAACGCUACGCCCCUUGCAAUUAUGAGAGGGAUGAUCUCAGCGCGGCACCAUACGCCACGUUAUCUCCGGUUUGGAAACGUUCCAUCGAACAGUUGACAUUUUGGAUCUUGAAGAUCCGAUCCCACAGCGAUGCCUUGAUAGCAGAAGAGGCCAUGUCCCGCGACCUGCAUCGUCGCAACUCUGUACGCAGAAUUGCGUGGACUAUCAACCUGGAUGUUGAGAGGACUUCCAGUUUUCCUCACAUCAGGGAUAAGGUGAUCGUGGUCGAAUUCCGCAACAUGCUUGAGUUCAUCAACCGCAUCAGGCCACCUUCCGACGCUCCCAAGCUCCUCUUGACUAUCAACAUAGUCGGCAUGGGCGCAUGGGACGCAGAGAGUGGCGAAAGUGCUUUUACUGCACCACCGCCCGGCAUCCACGAGCUUCCUGUAUGCCCAGCGGUCACCGGGCUACAUAUCUGUUACGACGUGAAUAUCCCCUUCGACAUCUCCGAGCCUAUGUUGGGAAGGAAGGUUCCACCGGUCUGGAUUGUCGAGAUCCUCUCCAAGCUCCCCUCAGUAACCACUGCGGACUGGGAGUUCUACGACUUCCUCAACCGACGCUCGGAGAAAAGAGCUCUCUUUCGUAACGAAGUCUGCAAAGCUCUGAAGAGCCCGCUUUUUGCCAACCUCCAGGUCCUUUGCCUCUACAUCGGCUCAUACCACUACUACAGUGGGGAAAAAUCGAAAGACCUGGAAGAAUACGUAGCGACCCCAAGGGUAGAGCCGUCAGAGAACGGCGAGGAUGGCCUCAAUGCCGCAUUGCGGACAGUAUCACAGAGCCUAGUGGAAUUGAUCAUCCAAGGCACAUUCACCCUCAGCCCAGACUUCUUUCACAAGAGAAACGGCGAAGCCCAUGAGCAGCCCUCAUGGCCUCGCCUAGAGUUUCUGGCUAUCGAGACGACAAACAUAACCUGCACUGGAAACUUGUACCUUCCAGAUGCCAACGAGAGCACAAUCACUUGGCAUGAAUCCUUCUUCAUCGACGACAUCCUCCGCAAACCAACCAAUGACUUCAACGAGCUCAUGCUGAGUCUCUCUCGCGGCAUGCUCAGCAUGCCCAAGCUCCAAAGACUCGAGAUCCUGGUCCGCUGCAACCCCAACGGGAUCUACUACCCACUGCCAUAUGGGGCUCGUGACAGUUUGUCAUUUAGGGAUAUAAAGCUUCACCGUCUAAUCUACUACGAUCGGGAAGAAAACGAAAGUGUGCCGCUGGCGGAAUUCCCUCCCAAAGAUCUGUGGUGUAACCUUGGCAUCUUUGAUAGGGACUACUUCAGACAAAGGUACAUCGAGGUACCCUGUCAACUGCCUUGGACCGCUUGCCCAGAGGAGGCUCUUAGGAACUGGAAUGAGCUACACUUCAGGAUCAAGGGCCAUUCAAUCUUGCCUGAAUGGAGGAGAAAGAUUGUUGAGAAUGGUUAUCAGGAGGACUAUGUUGGGUAUCCGUUCAUUCAAUCGGCCAGAUGGGUAAAGCAGUAA